GCGGAAGCAAGGCGGUUCCUGCGGCUGCGACGGCGGGAUAGACGGCGGGACUCCUGCCGGGAGGUUUGAAAAGCGGGUGCUCCAGCGGCCCAAGGCCCCUGCCCGGCCCAGCCGCCACCGCUUCGUUUCCUUCUCGGGCCUGGCCGGCGGAGGCCGCCGUGACUCCAGCAUUCUUGUAGGCGCGGAGGAGAUGGGCGAAAGCGCCCGGGAGUAGGCGCCCCGGAGGGGGCUGAGGAGCCCGGGCUGAGGCAGCGGCGCAGCCGGCGAGAGCGGGCGGCUGAGGGGCCGGUGACUCUGGGAGCUGGGGAAGGAGUGGGGCUGUCCUCCGGGCUGGGGUCUCGGGGGUAUCCGGGCUCCUCCCGAUAAGGGCCUAUUCUCAUUCAAGAGCCUUUUCUCCCUCUUGGAACAAGCAGCAAAAAUGGUCUCCAAGUCCGACCAGCUGUUGAUCGUGGUCUCCAUCCUGGAAGGUCUGUAUUUUUGCAGGGCGUCAUUUUCCUAAGCGUGCUAAACAUAUGCUUAUAGUAGAAGCAAAGUUUGAUGGAGAACAAUUGGCUACUGAUCCUGUGGACCACACUGACCAACCAGAAUUCGCCACUGAAUUAGCUUGGGAAAUAGAUAGAAAAGCACUUCAUCAGCACAGGUUGCAGCGUACACCUAUCAAGCUCCAGUGUUUUGCUUUGGAUUCUUUAUCUACAGCUAAAGAAUCCAUUGGGUACAUUGUUCUAGACUUAAGAACUGCCCAAGAAACAAAGCAGGCACCAAAAUGGUAUGCAUUGCUGAGUAAUAAAUACACAAAAUUCAAAUCUGAGAUACAGAUAAGCAUUGCUUUGGAAACAGAUACAAAAGCACCAGUGGAUGGUUUUAAAGCAAAGGAGGCACCACCUCGAGAAGGAAAAGGGCCUGUUGUGUUAUCUGGAAUUGAUCCCAAAAAAAUUGUAGCAGUCUUGAAUGAAGAAGAAGGCUACCAUCAGAUUGGACCAGCAGAAUAUUGCAGAGACUUCUUUGUUAUGUCAGUGACUAUAGCAUUUGCUACACAGUUGGAACAGUUAAUUCCAUGUACAAUGAAACUUCCAGAGAGACAACCUGAGUUUUUCUUUUAUUAUUCACUAUUGGGAAAUGAUGUUACAAAUGAACCCUUCAAUGACUUGAUAAACCCGGAUUUUGAGCCAGAGAGAGCAUCUGUUCGAAUACGUAGCAGUAUUGAAGUACUUCGUAUUUAUCUUUCUUUACACUCUAAACUACAGAUUCAUCUUUGCUGUGGAGACCAAUCACUUGGAAGCACAGAAAUUCCACUUACUGGAUUGUUGAAGAAAGGAAGUACAGACAUCAACCAACGUCCUGUAGCAGUUGAAGGUGCUUUUACCCUUGAUCCACCAAACCGGGCCAAACAAAAACUUCCGCCUAUUCCAUUAGAAUUGGCACCUACUGUAGGAGUAUCUGUGGCUUUACAAAGAGAAGGCAUAAAUACCCAGCCUUUAGUUGAAUUCAAGACCCAGUGUGAACAAGAGCACUCGAAGAAGAGAGUUUUAACUCCUAUACAGGAGAAGCCGUUGGCUGAAGAGAAAUCACCAACUCCUCAACCAUCUAUUCAGCUUCAGAAUCGCCAGUCACCACCUACUAAAGAUGAUGCAACAGAAAGUGAAGUAGAAAGUUUACAAUAUGACAAGGACAUAAAAGGAAACCAAAAGGCCUUGAAUUCUCCAUCAGUUUCUCAAGCUCAUCUGGUGACAUCUGGUGCUUCCGAGAUUACUUCAGGACAAAAGAUUGCUGUUCCAGCAUCAUCACAUCAUUUUUGCUUUUCAAUAGAUUUAAGGAGUAUUCAUGACCUAGAAGUUGAUUUUCCAGUCAAUUGUAUGUUAAGGUAUUCCUAUCCAUUCUUUGGAAGUGCUGCUCCUAUCAUGACUAAUCCACCUGUAGAAGUUCGAAAAAAUAUGGAGGUUUUUCUUCCCCAGUCUUACUGUGCAUUUGAUUUUGCUACUUUGCCUCAUCAACUCCAAGAUACCUUCUUGAGGUUGCCACUGCUUGUUGAACUGUGGCACAAGGACAAAAUGGCCAAAGAUUUACUUCUAGGAAUCGCAAGAAUUCAGCUUUCAAAUGUCUUAUCUUUAGAAAAAACCCGAUUUUUAGGUGCUCAUGGUGAACAAUGUUGGCGUCAGACUUUCAGUGAAAAGAUACCUGUCACAGCAGCACAAGGGACAAAUAACAAGAUAGCAGAUCUUUCUUAUACAUUGACUCUAGAAGAUCACGGACUUGUGAAAAUACGUGAAAUAUUGAUACCUGAAUCAUCCCAGGGUUUAGCUGCAAUUCAACAGAAGUCACUUUCUCCUCAAGCACUUUGUGGUACAGAACCACAGGCAGAGCCUCGAGAAACCCUAGAAUACAAAGCAGCCCUGGAGUUAGAGAUGUGGAAAGAAAUGCAAGAAGACCUUUUUGAAAAUCAGCUGAAAAAGAGGGAACUAGCUCACAUGCAGGCUCUUGCAGAGGAGUGGAAGAAAAGAGAUAAAGAAAGAGAAUCAUUAGUAAAGAAAAAGGUAGCAGAAUACACUAUUUUGGAAGGAAAACUUCAGAAAACUUUAAAUGACUUAGAAAAGCGUGAACAACAGCUUUCCAAUGCAGAAUCAGAGCUGCAAAGAAAAAAGAAAGAGCUGCACUUAGACCAUGAAAGAAAUCUUCAGGAACUUCAGGAUUCUGUCCGAAGAAUCAAAGAGGAUUGUGCUCAUCAGGUAGAGCUGGAGACUUCAAAGAUGAAGCAGUUGGAAGGAGAGAAGCAGCGACUUCAGCAGCAGCUUUAUGAUGCUGAAAUUAAGUAUAAAACUUUGGAAAAAGAAUUCCAGCAUUUCAAGGAACAACAAAACAGCAAGCCAGAAAUCCGUCUGCAAUCAGAAAUAAAUCUUCUCACAUUGGAAAAGGUUGAACUUGAAAGAAAGUUGGAAUCAGCAACUAAGUCUAAACUACAUUACAAGCAACAAUGGAGUCGAGCUCUGAAAGAACUUGCAAGAUUAAAGCAGCGUGAGCAAGAAUCUCAAAUGGCUCGUCUUAAAAAACAACAGGAAGAAUUAGAACACAUGAGAUUGCGUUAUCUAGCAGCAGAAGAGAAAGACACAAUGAAAACUGAGCGACAAGAACUAUUAGAUAUAAGAAAUGAACUUAACAGGUUAAGGAAACAAGACUCAGAACAAUUCCAGAAUUCCAGAGAGAUUGCAAGUGGAAAAAUGGAGAGCCUGGGUGGAAAAGCUUUUGAAGAAGAUUUGGAUGAUUAUCUGACUCGUCUAAUAGAAGAAAGAGAUACUUUGAUGAGAACGGGUGUGUAUAAUCACGAGGAUCGGAUAAUAAGUGAACUUGAUCGUCAGAUCAGAGAAGCUUUGGCCAAAAGCAGUACCAGUAACUAAUAACAUUUGGAAAUUUUUACUAAGACUUUGAAUCUGAGGUCUAAUUUCAUUGUAAAACUCUGAAAACAGGAAGAUGCUUAAAAAAACUUUUCUUUUUUCUCAUCCCUAAAGAGGUUUUUUGGGUUUUUUUGAUUAUUAUAUAGUAUUUAUUUGUUUUGUUUUUUUAAUUUACUUUAUUCUACCUCUUCUACACUGGUUUUAUUUGUAAUUGCUUUUUAUAUACUUACUAAGCAACUUUUCAGUGUUUCUCAUAAUCUUUUAUUUGAUGACUAACUUUCAAAAUAGCUUUUCACUAAAUUUUUCUAGAGAAAGGUGACUGCAGUAAUUCCCAGUGACAUAAUUUUAUACACUGAGCCAAAAAAAUAUAUGUUGCACUUUAUAAAUGCUAUGUUCUCUAUUACAUGUAUGUAAAUAUUUUAAAGUUGAGACCGGUUGUAAAUGCAGUGUUUUAUUUUAAUUCUUUUUUAGACAGUAUGCCUUUUAUUUCUGCAGAUGUGUAACAGUUGUAGAUAAUGUCUUUAAGCAGGAAGCAGUAUAUUCAAUACAGAGAAGCCAUGUUCUAUUCAUAGGCAGCAAAAUGAUGAAUACCCAAUCAGCCUAUUUUUUUUAAUACAACUUAAAUGGUUUUAGUUCCUUAUUAGUUUCAAGAUACAUGGAACCCCUAUUCAAAUUUUCAAAGUAUUUUACUCUUAACUUUUUAGAAAAACUUGGUUUUUGUAUUUUUUUUCUAGUCCUACAAACAAGAUAGAAUUAUUUUCUCUUAAAAUUAGAGAUAUUCCUUUAUUUCAGUAAUGGUGACUUAUUAGUGCAAAACAAAUCCUUUGUUCCUCAAUGGGGAAACAGACAUUUUAAAGGCUUCAGCUGAGAAAAUAAAUGAAUGAAAGUUGAUGCUAAUUUUUUCCUUCCAUUUUGGCCUUUUUUGAAAAAAAAAUGAAAAUAAUUCAUUGGACUUCUCUAUAGUGCCAAGUCUGUAAAACUCCAAGUGUUUGUUUUCUUCAGAGCCAGGCAUUGUACUUAUUCAGAACUCUUUUUCCCAGAGCAACAUUUUUUAUCUCCUUUUUACAAUACUUUUUAAUCAGUGUACUCAAAAUUUUUAUAACAACUUAAUUAUUAAGGCCAGUUUUAUGAAUUCCAAAAUGGGAUAAUCUAAAAAUUUGACCCUUUGGGGAAGGAUAUUCUAUUUAUCAAUAAUUCCCUUAAAGUCAUUAUAGAGCAUUUUAAAGAGCAACUUAAAUUUCUUUUUUUGGGCAGAGGUAGUUAACUUCUUUAAAAAUUACUACAAUUUUUUAUUUUUUUGACAAAAUGCUAGUCAACUAAAAGCAACAUGACAGUUAAGUAAAUAAAAAGAUGUGAAAAUAAUGAAUAAGAGGAUGGUGAAUAUAUGAAUCAUGGUUCUAAAAUAUUAAUUAUGGUUGCAUAUUUUCUCUAAUUUUGUGCCACUUGAAUGGAAUUUCAAUUUUUUUGUGUGUUUGAGGAAAAAUUUGUUGAAAAUAUUUUCUUUCAGUUUCUCUGGGUGCUGAAUGUGAGUUUUCAAACACUAGAUAGGGUCUGAGGGGAAAAAAAGGAUCUAAAAUGAGUGUGUGGUUUACUUUGCCUGAUGGAAAGUGAUGAGUUUUUUUCUAUGAUAUUUAACAAAUAAAAUAAAAAUUUUAUGCACUUACGAAUUUUUAAGUAAUAUGCUUAUAUAAUUAUAUGCCUUUUGCUUCUAGAUAGUAUGGGUGAAAUGUUCUUAGGAAAUUUAGUUUUAUGUCAUCUUUGUGUAGUUACUUUUGUGUUUCUCUCAAGUGCUGAGAUUACAUGUACUUUUACUUAUAUUAGUGAGGGUAUUUUAAUUCUUUUUCUGUCCCUUUCAGCAUUAGCUAUUUCAUAUGGAAAUAGGUAUUCUCUGGAAUUGUGGAUUAUACCUUUAAUUGUGAGAAAACAAUAACAUUCUCUUUAUAUACUAUUCAUGGCAAAUAAGAUUCAUCUUUUUUAAAAAAAUUUCAACUGAAAAUUAAAAAUUCUUUGUUUUUUAUAAUAGUUUUCCAUCAUCAAGAGGAUUUAUUGCUUAUUUAUGUUUAGUUUGUGAACUAAUUAUAAGUGAAUAACAAUAGUUUAUCUCAUAUAUAAAAUACCAAAAUAUGGUUGAUGAAACCAUCUCUUGAUUUUUAUGUUUUAUCUCCUGAAAGCAGUGAUCACAAAUGAUUCAAAUGUAAAGCAGAUAAUUUCAGGAUGACAUCUCUUAGUAGUCUAAGCCUUCAAGAUUCUUCUCUGAAAGAUCUUUCUCUAAAGUAAAUUUAUGAUUAAAAAAAAAAAUAAAUGUCAUACUGUUGAUGUCUUAU